GCCUCUCUCCUCUCUCUCUUCCUCCCCUUCUCCCUUUGCUCCCCCCUCCCUUGCUCUUCUUUCUCUGUCAGUCAAUAAAGUUUUGCCACAUUGCACAAACACAAAGCUCUCAUUGUUAACUACAUUAAUUUUGAAAGUUAAAAUAGGCCAAGGAAGGAGGACGUAUCACACCUGUCCCUCCAGACAACCAGACUACUAGAGCAUCCAGUGGAAAAAGAAAAGGCUGUUACAGAUAGAGGAAAAGAGGAAGGACAAUUCGAACCAUGAAAACGAUGACCAGUCGUAAGUCACUGUGGGUGCUGCUGUUUAUAGCUAUCUUUUGGGUCUCGUUUACAGUUUUCAGAAACCCAUCAAAGAUAUGGGUUCACUUCAAGUUUCCUGUGUCCUUCAGUCACCAGAAUUUGGUCACAACAUCCUCAUGCCCUACAGUGCCUCUGAACCUACCAGUUGCACCAAAAGGGACAGAGCUGAGAGUCAGGGAGGUCCUAGAGAAACUAGACAAACAGAUCCCGCCCAGGCCUUUUGCCCAUCUCAACACCACCACCAGCGCCACACACAGCACAGCCACCAUCCUCAACCCUCGAGACACACACUGCAUGGGGGAAAAACUGGAUGUGCUGUUGGAAGCCAGGGACCACCUGGGACGCAGGAAGGAGUAUGGUGGAGACUUCCUGAGGGCCAGGAUGUCCUCCCCAGCCCUGAAGGCAGGAGCUUCUGGAAAGGUGACAGACUUCAACAAUGGCACCUACCUUGUCAGCUUCACUCUGUUCUGGGAAGGCCCGGUCUCCCUGUCUAUCCUGCUCAUGCAUCCCAGUGAAGGGGUGUCAGCUCUCUGGAGAGCAAGGAAACAGGGCUACGACAGAAUCAUCUUCACUGGCUGGUAUGUAAAUGGAACCUCUCAGGUCCACACUGAGUGUGCCUUGGUUCUAAACUCAAGUGUCGAACUCUGCCGAUAUCUGGAUGCCCAGUACCAAGAAACGUUCUACUGUGUGAAGCCUCCAAAUGUACCCUGUGCGGCACUUUCCCACAUGAAAUCAAAGAACAAGGAAGUUUCCUAUCUUAGGCAGCAAGAGAGGAGCCUCUUUGAAAGGUCAAAUAUAGGUGUGGAGAUUAUGGGAAAAUCCAAUGUGAUUAGUGUCUCCAAAUGCAACAAAGAAGCUGUUCCAGCAAAAGAGAGAUGCAAGCUCGGGAAGGCAUCUGCAAUCCCCAGUGGGCACGUCUGGAAAAACACCUGGAUUCCAGCCUCCUGUAGUUUGGCUCCGAUCAAAAUGAAAGACUGCCUGAGAGGAAAAUUCAUCCAUCUGAUGGGGGAUUCCACAAUCCGCCAGUGGAUGGAAUACUUCAAAAGCAGUAUCAACACACUGAGGUCUGUGGAUCUGCAUGAGACUGGAAAACUGCAACACCAACUCGCUGUGGACUUGGAUGAAAACAUCAACAUCCAGUGGAAAAAACAUGGUUACCCCUUUAUUGGGUCAUUCGUCUACUCUGUCAAAGAGAUGGAGUACAUUGCACGGAUAAUUGACAGAACUGGAGGAGAGAAAAACACGGUCAUUGUCAUUUCUCUGGGUCAGCAUUUCAGACCUUUCCCCAUUGACCUUUUCAUCCGAAGGGCCCUCAAUGUCCACAAAGCUCUUCAGCGUCUUCUCCUGAGAAGCCCAGACACUAUGGUUGUCCUCAAAACAGAAAACGUCAGGGAGAUGAGCAGUGACGUGGAAAGACUAGGUGACUUCCAUGGUUACACCCAGUACCUUGCCUUAAAAGAUAUUUUCCAGGAUCUCAAUGUGGGUGUCAUUGAUGCCUGGGAUAUGACAAUUGCAUAUGGCACAAAUGAUGUCCAUCCACCACAGCAUGUGGUUGGAAGUCAAAUUAAUAUAUUCUUAAAUUAUAUUUGCUAGCAAACACAUAACUCUGAAAGUUACUCAUUGAAUUUCAAAGAUGCAGUGAAUUCUGCUGGCAUGUCAGGUACCAGGAUGUCCCAGUUAGUCCAAGGAGUUAGUCUUCACUCUGGUCCAUGUGAUCCUCCCAGUUCAGCCUGACUAGGCCCUAGACUGGGCUUCUGCUUCAAGUUGAAGCUCAAAAGAAUCAAUGAAUGGUCCUCCCUUUUUUGAUCAGGUCCUCUCUUUUCUGAUCAGAGCCAACCUGUUCUUCAUCAAUUGGAAGUUAGGAUUCUCUUGGGUGAGACCUUCUCCCUGUUGCUGUGAGUCCAGGAAAAUUAAGUAAUUUGUAUAACAUUUUUAAAGGUCUUUGAUUCAAUUUGUAAAUAUUUUUGUGGAGACUUUUUACAUCCAUGUUCAUCAGGGAAAUUGUUCUGUACUUUUUUCUUGGUUGUGUCUCAAAGUUUGACAUCGGGACAAUACAAACUUCAGAGAAAGAGGUUGGUAUCGUUCCUUCUGUUUGUGAUUGGUGGAAGGGUCUGAAAAGUGUUGGUUAGGUUUUCUUUAAAAGUUCAUAAUAUUCAGUAGUGAAUCUGUCUUGGCCUGAACUUUUCUUUGGAGAGAGACCUUUAAUAAUCACUUCAAUCUCAUAGCUUAUUAUGGAUCUGUUUAUAUUGUUUCUAAUUCCUAGGUUUAGUUUUGAUAGGCCAUGUACAUUUAGAAAUUUCCAGCCAUUUGGAAUGUAAGAUUUGGGAUCAACCAAAACAAAAUAUGCAUGAAAACAUGUGGGGGACCAGCCCCCACCUUUUCCAGGGUUGCUACUUGGAGGAGACAGGAAUAUUAAUAUUAGGUAGAAUGAUAGGCCUAUUGGAGAGGAAGGACAGAAACACAGGAUAGCUUUGGGAGGACUUGGGUCAAUAUCCAACAGCCCAGAACUUUAUUCAAAAGGGCUUUAUAACAAUGCCACGGGGCAAGGGGAAAUACCUCCCCAUUCCUAGAUACAGCCAAGUGCAGACACUUCCAAACACCUGGUACCCAGGCUUGUGGUCCAAUCAUCCUCUUAUGCAGUCCUGCUGGGUAAAGCAAGCUCAGAUCUCACUAGGAAACCUCUGUGGGCUCUCACAGAAAUACUUUGAAACCUAACAUUUUAUAAUUUUAGAACAAUAUAAAAAAUUUUAAAAAAUUUAAAUGAAAAACAUGAAAAGACAGGAAUGAAUAAUGAAAAAUAUAUUAGUGAUAUUUUACUCUUAUAUCAUCAACACAAAUUUAUAGUUUGCUCUUUAUAACUAUAUUAUAAAUUAUAUAUUUUUGUUUGUUUGUUUGUUUUUUGUGUUUUUUUUUAAAUGGGGUUUCUCUAUUUUGUAGCUAGAGUUUUCCUGCCUGGCCCAAGGCCAGGACAAAUCUCUCUCACCUGCCAGUCCUGCAGCUGCUCAGACCCAACCAAGUAAACACACAGAGACUUAUAUUACUUAUAAACUGUAUGGCCAUGGCAGGCUUCUUGCUAACUAUUCUUAUAUCUUAAAUUAACCCAUUUCUAUUAAUCUAUAAGUUGUCAUGUAGCCCAUGGCUUACCGGUACCUUACAUCUCACUUGUCAUGGCGGCAGCUGUCAGCGUCUCUCUGCCUCUCUGUUGGAUAUUGACCCAAGUCCUCCACCUCCCAGCAUUCUCCUCUCUGCUUAUCCUGCCUAUACUUCCUGCCUGCCUACUGGCCAAUCAGUGUUUUAUUUAUUAACCAAUCAGAGCAACAUAUUUAACAUACAGGACAUCCCACAGCACUUCCCCUUUUCUUUUUUUUCAAAAAGGAAGGUUUUAACUUUCACAUAGUAAAAUUACAUAUAACAAAACAAUUAUCAAGCAAGAAUUACAGUUACACUGUCUUGUCUAUUUAUAAUAUCUAGUCUAUUUGUAUUUGGCAAAAUUAAAGAAGAUAUCCUAUCUAUCCUAUAUUUGUGAGUCUAAGGUUUCAUAUCUAACUUAUCUUUUAUCUUAACUAAGGAAAAUUGUAACUAUCUAGCUUCAACUACAUCAAAGACCUCAGAAGGAUAUAAUAUUACCUGAGAAGUGGGAAAAGGAUUCAAGCAACUUCCGGGAGUCUUGUGACAGUAGACAGAGACAACUGGCAGCCUGGACAGUCAUCCAAAGUUCUUUUGUAAAGUUGGGGCAUCUGUCUUCAUCCCAUAGGCCCAGAGUCUCUGUCACUUCUCUCUGUGUCCUAUAGAAGGUCUGGCAGUUUCCUCUGCAAAGCAGGAACCUGAAGGACCAUUUUGCCAAACAAAGUUCAGUAGUCAUCUUCCUAUGGGUCCUGCAUGUCCAGUUGAUCAAGCAGUCCAGGCAAGAACAGUUUCUUGCCCAAAUGGCUAUUUUUGCCAAGAAGAAGAUCAGCUCCAUAUGGAGUGUCUUUGAUGCCCAUCCUCCUCUCUGAAGUAAAUCGGUGCUGUCAGGAGCAGACAUGUCUCACUGUGCAGAAAGUCUAAAUUUUUAAAUUUUAGAUGAUGCCCCAACACUGCUGAGAAACCUCAGGUGAUUGUCCAGGCAGCUGACUGUUUCUGUCAACUCACAUUUUUUUUUUUUUGGAAGCUGCGUGCACGCACUUCCUGUUUUUAUUUUUAUUAGGUAAUAUUAUUUCCUUCUUGGGUCUCUGAGGGAGUUGAAGAUUAGUUAGUUAUAGUUGAAGAUUAGAUAGUUAUAUUUAAGUUUAAAUAGUUAUCAUUUUCCUUGUUAAGAAUUUCAGAAAAGAAACUCACUAAAGAGGUGUUAAGUGUAUAAAUUUGAAAGAUGUUAUAAUAUAGUUCUGUUUGUAAUACAAGUUAGGAUAGAAAGUGAAUCAGGUACAUAUUGGACUUAUCAAAAAAGGAUAGAUAAUGGAAUUAUUUUCUCUGAAUUUGUCAAAUGCAAAUGGACUAGACAUUGUUUAGGUGUUUAUUGCUUAUAUAUAUGGUAUAUAGUUAUUGUACUUUUGUAUACAGUUUUUCUUAUAUUAGUUAUAACUUUUUUCUUUUUAUUAAAAUAGAAAAGGGGAAAUAUGGUGAUAUUUUAUUUGUACUGAAAUGUGAUUUUAUUUGUUAAUAAAUAAAGUUGCCUGGGGGUCAGAGCUAAUAGCAAGCCAUAGUAGAAGCCAGGCGGUGGUGGCGCAUGUCUUUAAUCCCAGCACUUGGAAGGCAGAGCUAGGAGGAUCUCUGUGUGUUCAAGGAUACAGCCAGCAUGGUGACACACGCCUUUAAUCUCAAUACCAACCAUAGAAGACCUGGAGGUCUAUACAGAAGGCAGUGAUGAGGAGAUCAUGUGGUUGGGUUUACAACCAAUGAGAAGACAGAACAGAAAGUCAAUAAAAAGACAGACACACAGGAAGUAGAUCUCUUGCUCAGGGGAAGGACAGCAGCAGCAGUGAAGGGUAAGAAAGUGUUUUUAGCUCUUAGCUACUGCUCUGACCUCUUGGGCUCUCAACUCUGCUUUUGGCUCUGUGUAUCCAUUUUAAUUAAGAUGGUUACAUCUACACUAUGUAGCCCACACUCUCCUGGAACUCCCUCUUGCUGUGGGAUGGUCUGUAAGUCAAGUGUGUUGCUGAUUGGUCAAUAAAUAAAUCACUCAUUGGCCAGUGGCCAGGCAGGAAGUAUAGGCGGAACAAGGAGGAGAAUAAGGCUGGGAAGUGGAAGGCUGAGUGAGAGACACUGCCAGCCGCCACGAUGACAAACAGCAUGUGAAGAUGCCGAUAAGCCACUAGCUACAUGGCAAGGUAUAGAUUAAUAGAAAUGGAUUAAUUUAAGCUAUAAGAACAGUUA